UGGCAAGACAGACACUGUCACAAGUACUCGCCAAUGGCCUACCCCACCUUAUGAGGAUGGGGACUGGAACCAUUCAGGCGCUACAACCUUUAUGACAGGGUCGACCUAUAGGUAGUUCGCCCUUUGAGCGUUGUACCAUAGGUGGAUGUCGUGUUUUGAUAUUUAUUUCCCAGUCUUGUUUGGAUUUAUCAAAGAGAGAAAAAGGGGGGAACGCACGGUAAUUGGCGAUCUAACCAAGCAUGGCGUACAGGAUCUGGUGUCUUGUAUUCUUUCGUUUUUCCGGCGGUUGGUGUUUGUCUUUUUUUUUUUUUUUUUUUUUUUUUGUGAAAACAUCUUCUCUCCCUAUAUUUGCAUGGGGCAAGGAUUAGCCCGGGUUCCUUUUCAUUUGUCUUUAUUGUUGUCUUCAUACCCCAAAGGCCUUUAUAGAUAUAGUCGGCCUCGCAACCUGGUUUCGGCAUGCGGUUUUCAUAUCUUGUCUUUCGUUUUGCGGUGUUCUUGUUUGCACAUUGUUUUGAUACCAAAUGCGCGAGUCGCGAGGUCUGCUAUCGUUCCUUAUAUAUAUACAUAUGCAUUGUUAACCCAACAUGUCUUAUUUCCUGCCAACAGUUUUUGUUUUCUUUUGUCACAUCCUGUCAUCAUUACCUCCGAUACACUUCCUAAGCUUCUUUCCCUAGCCUCUCCUUUUUCUCUUUUAUCCCUUAUCCUCACCUGCCGCUCAUUGCACCUCACCUAGGGAAUUGAUGCGACCUCUGUGCAAAAACUUUCGAUUCACCUCAUGUACAAUUUUCUUGUUGCUGGGAAGGACCACUGGUGGCUAGUCUUGGGCUCUACACACCUUGUAAUAUAGUACUUAUAUGCGGCUGUCACGCCGUCUGUUUAUACAUAUAUAUUUAAUCGAACAGGCCACAAAGUGCUCUGUACUUCAUAUUG